AUCUGUCCUUCUCUCUCUCCGACAUGAUGAACUUCUCCUCGUACUUCUACUCGUCGUCGUCGGGGGCGGCGGCGGCGGCGGGGGAUAAGAAGUCGGCGUCGGCGUCGAAGAAGAAGCAGCAGCAGCAGCAGGCGGCGGCGGGGCAGGUGGAGGGGAACCAGACGAGGUACCUUGGGGUGAGGAGGAGACCGUGGGGGAGGUACGCGGCGGAGAUAAGGGACCCGGCGACGAAGGAGAGGCACUGGCUGGGGACGUUCGACACGGCGGAGGAGGCCGCCGUCGCCUACGACCGCGCCGCGAGGUCCCUCCGCGGCGCCCGCGCGCGCACCAACUUCGCCUACCCGGACCUGCCGCCGGGCUCCUCCAUCACCCCCUACCUCUCCCCGGACCUCACCGACGGCUCCGAUCAGCUGCUCCAGCCGUUCUACGCCAACCCCUCCGCCGCGCUGCCCAUCCCGGCGGCCGGGGUCGACGUCGGGAGCGGGUACAUGAUGUACGGCGGCGCGAACGGCGCCGACAUGUCAGCGCUCAUGGACGACAUUGCGAUGCCCGACGACCUCCCGCCCAUGGCCGGCGGUGGCUUCGGCAGCGACGACUCCAGUGGCGGCGGCGGCGGCGGCAUGCUCGACGUCUCCAUGUACGGCGUCGGCAAUGGCGGCGCCAAUGCUAACGGCGGGGGCUGGUGCGACGCGUCGGACUUCACCUCGUACUCUUCCUCGCCGGCGCCGGGCUCGCACGGGAUGUACUUCGAGGAGGGCUACGUGCACAGCCCGCUCUUCUCGCCGAUGCCGGCCGUCGACGACGCCGGCGCCGACGGCUUCCAGCUCGGCGGCUCGUCGUCCUCCUACUACUACUGAUCGCCGAUCGAUGAUACCACCAGAUCAGGCGGGUCCGCGUCGCCGCCGCCGUCGGCGACCGACCGCCUGAUCCCUGCGCCCGCCGGUGGGGGACAGCG